CGUAUAGAUUUUUACCGCGUAGGUAUAAAUAUAGCAUUAGACCAAGACGGAGAAAAAGAUUCCCAGUAAAGAGUCCCACUAAUAUAGCAAAAAUGGAAAAAUUGAUUAGAGUUUCCAACCUGUACCGGGGAAAAAAGCUUAUCAUUUCCACCGCUGACUUGGAAACUUUCUUACAAAAAGUAAGAGAGAAAUUUAGUCUCGACCCUGACCUGGAAAUUUCUUUUGAGGACGACCAAGGAGCUGAAAUCGACAACGAAGUGUUCCCGAUUUUGUUGCAACAGAUUGCGACGCCCAACAUUAUCUUCCGCACAAAAGACGAAGAAAUAUCGAGUGUUGACAUCUCGCAUAACACCUCAGGAAAUUCCCAAAUAUUUUACGUUCCUAGUCCACUAUGCUCGUCGGCGCCUCCCUCACCUGAGCCUCCAGUGCUAUUUCCGGUCAGCGAGGUAGAUUUUUUCAAGCAGGUAAAAUAUCGAACAACUAAAAUUACACAACUUGUAUACAAGUUGUGUACAACCAUAUGUUCACAUAAUUAACGUAUGUAUGUAAAAUUUAAGUAAAUAAAUACGUAUCAGUAGAUUCGUGCAAGAAAAAUCAAAAUAG